UUUAGACUCUCUGGGGUUCACAUUUUUUUCUUCUGCCAGUGACAGUACACUUUGGUUUGUAGUGAUGACAUUUUUCUUUUAUCUAUUUAUGGCCAUUCUCUUGCAAUUUGUUACUUCUGUAUGUCGAAGAGAAUAUUUUUUCCUUCCAUCAAAGCAACAGAUGAGCGGUAUCAUGCAAAGUAUUAGACAUACCAAUACGGUAGGGAGAUUCUAGUAUACUACACUUUCAAAAUAAAAGACUCAGAUGUCUGUUUUUGUCUGUUUUUGUUCUUGUAGUUUUUGAUAAGUCGGUGCUGGGGGUGCACAUUACUGUAGUGUUUGAGCCACAUUUGUGUUGCCUCAGUGUACGCUCCAUUGAGCAUACAAUCUGACCUGGAUAUAAAUUGACUCAAGUAAAUGUUCAAGUUCACCUGAGUGUAAGUGUACUCGUGUACCAGACAACUUGACUGACAUGUAAUUUUGGGGUAUAUGUUGACCCAAUAUUAUAAAAUAGGAAUAGAAAUUUCAAAAGGCACAUAUAAUUAGAUUGUUCAAUACUCUUUAAUACUUAUUCCAAUACUCAUUGAUUUUAUGUUUUUCUUUUGUUGUUCCUCCAGCUUCAACCUCACAUGCAGUGGAUGGUCCAGAGACAAGCAGUCAUAACCAGACGCAUUUCACAUGGAGAGCUUCAACUUCACAUGCAGUGGAUGAUCAGGAAACAAGCAGUGAUGAUGAUGACAGACCUCCGAAGAAGCCUCUGCUCAGAUCCAGUGCAAGCCUACCUUCCAGACCUCAGCGUUCCAAGCACAUUCUUCCAUCCGUAUGCAUCAUCUGCCAACGAGACAAAUAGAUCAGCCGGAAGAGGCGCUCUUGUGGCCGUCGGAAGGAGGCUCUGUCAACAUGCACUUCAAUUGAAGCUGCACGAUUGAAGCAAGCGGUCAAACAGCGAAACAAUACAAGUCUGCUGCUUCACAUUGGUGAAUCAGACUGUGUGGCCAUAGAAGUUCGAUACCACAUGACAUGCUAUAGAGAUUACACUAGAUACUUGACUAGAAGCAGUGAACCAGGUACAGAAAAUAAAUAUGAUGUAGCAUUCACUCAGUUCUGUUCAUAUGUCAACCAGAAAAUAAUUGUGAAUAAGGAAAUACUUAGAUUGAAUAAGUUGAAUCAGCAGUUCAUUCAACAGGUAAAAGACACAGAUGGGAUUGACAUCACCUCAUACAAGACAACAUCACUGAAGAGGCGUCUCCAGCUUACAUUCCCUCAGCUGUGCUUCCAUCGUCCAAAAGACAGACGCCAGAGUGAGAUUGUUUUUGUUGAUGAUAUUCCUGUUGAUACCCUAGUCGAAGACAGACAGCUGCUGAAGGAAGCACUUCACAGUCCCUCAACCACAGACACAGACACAACAGACCUUGAUUCUGAAGCAACUACCAGUAGAAAGAAGACUCCAUCUUCAUUUCUUCCAUCAGUUGACCAGCUCACACUGAGCGACCUCUUUAUGUCUGCCCAGGCACUGAAGAAGGAGAUCAAUGAUGUAGAUGCGAAAUUGCCAUGGCCCCCAACAGCACUUCACUUGACAAUAGAUGCUGCACAAUCCUUUGUUCCAGCACUACUCUUCAAUUUUCUUGCAUGGGCUGUAGGUGCACACAGUGACCCCUCGGAGGAUGGCCAGUAUGUCAAGGUGGAAGAUGCUGUUCAGAACCGUAUCUUGACGAUUGCACAGGACAUUGUCUAUCUUGCAUCAAAAGGGAGGGUACAAACUCCGAAACACCUGUCACUGGCAAUGACCCUUCGCCAUCUUUCUGGAUCUUCGCAGUUAAUCGGGUUGAUGAAUGGACUAGGAUACUGUGUUUCUCACUCGGUAGCUUUAGAGCAUGACACGGCACUAGCCAAGUAAGAGAUGAGUCGGGGAGAUGAUGUUCUACCUGCAGGCAUCAAAGGGGGUCACCAUACAAUCUUAGUAUGGGAUAAUAAUGACUUUGGGGAAGAGACAU